GUUGUUCUUCAAGUGCCAUGGAAAUAGAUAAUAAAUGGAGAAGAUUUUGAUGUUGUUUCUAAGGCAAAUAUUUGAUUCCAAGAUAUUAGACACAGAAUUUCUAGGCUGUAGUUACCCAAGCUUUCUCUAUCUCCCUCUCUAACCCUCCAAAGAUGCUCAAGAUUACAAGAAGGGCAUCAUAAUAUUAUACCAACCUUUUCGAUAUUGGUCGUUAAUAAACUUGUGUUGUAAUUCAAACGUCAGUGUCGUGACGAUUCAUGAGCUUAUUCCAUCAUAUACGACUGUUAAAGCUUCCAAAGAAAGGAAGCAGGAUCAAAAAUGAGAAAACAGCAUCAAUUAAGAUAUUCUGAUACAAGUUGCAUUAUAUUGUUUUAAAUCAUUUUCGUUUCCCCAUUAGGCAAAAGGCUAAGCUUAUAUAUAUGUGUGUGUCUUCACAACUAAAAUCAUAUUUCACAAGUCUUUGCCUUUGGGCAGACAUCAUAUUGUUAGAAGAGUAAAAAUGAAGCCGGUUGUGGUAAUGCUUUCAAUAAAUCUUGCACUUGCUGGUGUGAACAUACUACUUAAGGAGAUUCUUAAUGAAGGGAUCAGUCAGCUACUCAUUGUCGUUUAUCGACAAACGAUCUCCUCGCUUUUCUUGUUGCCAAUUGCCUAUUUUUGGGAAAGGAAAACUAGACCUCAGCUUACUGCUUACAUCUUAUUCCUCCUUUUCAUCAGUUCCUUACUUGGGUUAACACUAACAUUAUACCUAUUCCUAAUUGGUCUACACUUCACCUCUGCAACUUUCUCUUGUGCAUUUCUCAACCUAGUACCUGUAAACACGUUCAUUCUAGCAGUAUUGUUCCGUAUGGAAAAAGUGAACAUGAAAAGCAAGGGUGGAAUUGCCAAAGUGGUAGGGACACUGGUGUGCAUUUCAGGAAACUUACUAUUGAUUCUUUACAAAGGAACACCACUAACGAGCCCUGGAUCGACAAAUGGGAAAACAAACGGAGGUCGUGCAACGGUUGAAGCUUAUACACAAGGAAAAUGGUUAAUAGGUUCAUUGGUUUUGACUGGAGGGUGUUUUAUGUGGUCAUCUUGGUUCCUUAUGCAAACAAGAGUUGGGAGGGUUUAUCCGUGUCAAUAUUCUAGUACUUGUAUUAUGUCAUUUUUCAGUGCCCUUCAAUCAGCUGUUUUGCACUUGAUUAUAGACAGGAAGAACUCACUGUUCAUUGUGAAAGGGAAAUUUGCUAUCUUAAGUCUCAUAUAUGCUGGAUCAGUGGGAUCAGGGUUGUGUUAUGUGGGAAUGUCUUGGUGUGUAAAGCAAAAAGGGCCAGUUUUCACAGCUGCUUUUACCCCUUUUAUGGAAAUUUUUGCUGCCAUAUUUGAUUUCUUCAUCUUACAUGAACAGAUUCAUCUAGGAAGUGUGGUAGGGUCAGUGUUGAUCAUAAGUGGAAUGUACAUUCUUCUAUGGGGAAAAGACAAAGAAGCAAAGGAAUGUGUAGUGAAGCAAACUAUAUCAAUAGAAGAAGCCUAUCAUAAAUCAAACAUACCAUCAACAAAUACAGAUGCAUUGGAACAAAUAUAAAUGCAUUUGCAUUUCUUCUAAGGCAGCUUCUUAGUUUUAUAUUAUUGGAUGAACCCAAAUAAAUAAAUAUAUAUAUAUAUUCUAGUUUA